AUGGUGUUCUACGAAGGACUCAUGGUAGGAGACCCCGCUGUGGAAGAAUUGCGGCAACAUCUGGCCACAUUCUGCCUGGACAGUAUGACAUACGAGCAUAUUGAACCGAUCGCCGAGCCGCUGUUCUCAGAGACAGGACAGCAUCAUCCAGUCGAGGCAUGGGAGUGCGAGACCCUCAUUUGUUAUUUAAAGGGUUCAUUAUAUCGUCUGAUGUGGGAUGGCGUUGCACACUUUGAAAAUACCAAAUUGUAUGCGUUCGCUGUGCAUGAUGCGUUGGAGCUGUCUGGAGGUCCGAGUGUGGAUGACGACGAAUAG